AACCACAGAGAGGUAGGGGCUCCUUAUUUGACAUAUUUCACAAAAGAUCUGCACCUUUUGAAUUUCACCUUGCAAAAAUCAAGAGUCCUUACAUUUCUGCAAUGACUUUUAGAGCAUUUACACCAUCACAUGUCUAUGAAAAGCAAUUAGGCCCAAAAGAAAAGGAAAAAUCCUGCAUCCAGUGCCUUGAGUGCUAUGACCGAAAUGUGUAUAUAGGGACGAAAGAUGCAACAGUCCAGCAUCUCAUUCUCCCUAGUUGCUCAAACGGAGACCUGAGUCCCGGCCAAAGCAAAGUCAGAGAGGGCAAGGCGAGAAAACUUGGCUCAAGCAACCAAGUAAUCCAACUGAGAGUAGUCCCACUUUUCAACCAUCUGCUGGUCCUGUGGGACCGGAGCGUUACUGCCCUCAACAUGUUCUCCUUAGAGCCUGUUCCUGCUCUGAAGAAGAUCCAGUACGUGUCUUUGUUUGAGGUGUGCGACCCAUCGCUCUCAGCCCAGUGUGUGGAGAUGGUGACUUCCUCCAGCCGCAGGAAGGUGAUCCGGAUCCACGUGGUGGGAGUGGACAAGUGGGAGGUUGUAAAAGAAGUCCCUUUGCUCCAGGACCCUGUGGCCUUGGCAGUAGAUGGCGCCAGUUUGUGCAUAGCAACCAGCAACAGGUAUCUCCUCUGUGAUAUUCAGACUGGGAGCAGCGAGGAGCUUUUCCCUCACAAUCAGACCAGGCAGCACGUCAUUGUUACCCCGGUGGGACGAGGGGAAUUCCUCCUGAACGGGCCUGGAUCUUUGGGCAUGUUUGUGAUGAAGACAGGGAUAUGCCAGCGUCCUCCCCUGCAGUGGCCUCAGGAGGUGCUGGCAGCCGGAGUAUGUUUCCCAUACAUCCUAACCCUGCAGCCCCAAGUGCUGUCUAUCUACAGCAUGGUAGAUCAGCAGCGCAAACAGACUGUGAGUCUCAGCGGAGCGAAGGGUCUGCUCUCCACAUCAGAUGGUGUGCUAGUGUUCACAGAGAGAGACAUUUUCAGCCUGCGUCUGUUGCCAGUUGAAGAGCAGAUCCAGGCACUUAUAAAGGAUGAGAGGGUCGAGGAGGCCUUGUUGUUACUGGAUGGAGUUCAAAGCCAUCGUCCACUUGACUCUUACAAGGAGCUGCAGAAGGCCAUCACUUGCCUGGCUGGAUUCGUUCAUUUUUACCAGGAGGGUUUUUCCGAGGCCAGAGAUCUAUUCAUCACAGGUGAGCUGGACCCCAGAGAAAUCAUCCGCCUCUACCCUGACAUGCAGUCAUGUCUCAGAGAGAGCUUUCAAUCCCAGCUUGAUCAAGUGAACAAGGGAAGGGAUCUGAAGGUGCUCUCCAAAGAGGACAAAAACACAUUUCAUCAUUACCUGGCCUUCCUGGGAGAUUUUCUCUCAGCAGUCAGGGGCACGGAGCAGGGUCUGAAGUGUGUUCAGGAGGUGGACUGCGCCCUCCUGAGGCUGUACGUAGAACUGGGAGACACUGAAAAUCUGCAGCAGCUGGUGGCAUUUCCCAAUGCGUGCAGGCUGGACCACUGUGUUCCUGUUUUGGAGCAACACAACAGAUUUUUCGCUUUAGGUUCCCUCUAUCAAAGCCAUGGAAAUCAAAUUGAUGCAAUUGAGACUUGGGUGAAAAUUGCAGAAGGCCUCCACAAAGACCUCUCUUGCUCAGAUGUGUAUGGACACAUAGUUUGGACUCUCAGUCAACUGCAAGACAAAGACACUGUGUGGAAAUUUGCAGAUUGGACUCUUCAAAGAAACCAGGAGAUAGGGGUGCAGAUUUUCAACAAGCGUCCACCAGCUGAUCGAUUUGAGACACAAGAUGCCCUGGCUUUCUUGGAGAAAUACCCGCUGGCUUUACUUUUGUAUUUGGAGUUCUUAAUCCAUGAUUUGCAGAGUGAGGAGGAGAGACAUCACAACCGUCUGGCCCUGGCAUAUGUUACUCAGACGCUGCAAGAGGAAGAGGAAGCAGAUUUGAGGGAGACCAGAGGGAAGUUGCAGCAGCUGCUUUGGGAAUCCAAAUUCUAUGACGUCUCCACUGUGUAUGAGAGAGUCAAGUCAGCCACCUUGCAUGUGGAGGAAGCCAUUCUCCUCGGGAGGAGCGGUGAACACUCUCAGGCCCUGCAGGUGCUUGUUCACCGGGAGGGAGACCUCAAGGCUGCAGAGGCCUACUGCUGCAGGGCCGCCCAGGACCAGAACCCACAGUUCAGGCAGACCCUGCUGCUCACCCUGCUCCAAAUUUACCUGAGAUCUGAGGAUCUCACCAGCGCUGCUGUGGAUCUGCUCAACAACAACCCUGGAGUCUUUGCAGCAGAGAAAGUCAUCCAGCUCCUGCCUGAGUCCUGGUCUGUUCAACUGGUCUCGCAGUUCUUAGUUGGAUCCCUCAGAGAGACCUUCCACCAGAGGCGGAUGGCGAGGCUGCAGAAGGCUUUGGGCCAGGUGGAGCUCAUGCGGCACAAGGUCAUUUGGAUGCAGGCCUCAAAAACAAAGUUCAGACUGGACAAGGGGCAGAAGUGUACGGUUUGUCAGGAAGACCUCGCAGAGCCACAGUUUGCCUGUAAUCUCCAUGGUGAGCUGAUGCACACAAGCUGCACUGGCCUUUCAUUGCCAUAAAGACGCCGAUAUAGCAAUCUGUGUAUGCAAAUAUCUCUGCACUCAUGAGAAUCACACUCAUUUCUAGCAGGAUAAGUGUCUGCCUCCUACCCGAUCAUUUCUCUAGAUUACACAGUGUCAUCUAGACAAACUCUGUACAAGGAUUCAAUUCAUGGAACCAGACACUUUUCCUGAUUAUAUAAAAAAAAAAAGAAAAGAAAAAUACAUUGUGUAAAUAACUGGUUUCAAAAUGCAAAAGAGCAAGCAGUGCACUUUUUCAGGGCGGCACGUCUGAGCCAUUUCCUAGACAGCAAUAGCUAUAAAGUGGAGGACACUCAGGGGCAUAUAUUCACUGAUCAGACAGUGGUGUUUAACAUGGAAACCACCUGUGGUCAACCUGAUGACCAGAGGGAAUUUGACCAUCUUCCAUGGCUGUAUAUAUGCAUCCCCGCCAUCAUGGUUUCCACUGACUGUGUAUAUUUGUCUGCAUAGAGCUGGAAAUAGAAAGUCAACAACUGAGAGGCUGCACGUGAGAGACUUUUCUAUUCAGCUUGUGAAUUAAUAUAUAUGAAUUAAAAAAUUCACAAUUACAGGUUUUAAAAAAUAAAAAGCAAACAGGUUGACGAAGUAAAGAGUUUUGGGUCAGUAUUGUUAAAGGUCCAGUGUGUAAAAUUUAGAGGGAUUUAGUGGAAUGUCUUUAGUGUUCAUUGUUCAAGAGGUUUGUACCGUAGGCCAAAUUAUCCACAAAGGUCUCUGAUGUUCCAAAACAAAUGGACCAGGUGAUUAAAACUGAUAGAAACACUGACUAAGGCAGUUUCAUGUUAAUAAUCAGUGUUUCUCCCUUGCUGUUUGGCAUGUGAGAGGCCGGCCGCCAGCCCUGCGCCUGCCAAUGUCAUCCUUUUUCUCUGAUAACUUGAGAUCCAGAUGUUCAGGAGGUUUUUAACCAGGAGCUAAAUUAUCCA